GGGGAAGUAAAUCUGCAGACCUUCACCAAAAGGAGGGAAAAAUAUCCAAUUUUCAUCGCAAAAUUAGCUAGGGCGAGAGCAAAGGGCUGAGCUAAUUGUAGCCUAAUCCUCUGCCCUGCAGGCGUUUGCAAAGCCCUGAGCAAGAAUUCGCUUUUUUUCCUCCUCUUCUCCCUUCCCUCUGUUAUUUAGAGACGGGAUUAUUGCCUUUCUUCUCAUAACAGCCUCGGCAGUUUCAUUUAAAGGCUUUUUUUUCCCCCCCUCUCACACACACACAUACACACACACGCACAAAAUAAAUAGAAAAAGAAGCAGCAAAAACAGGGGAAGAGAGAGGAGACAGCAGCUUUAGAAAUAAUAAUCACAGCAGGAUCUGCGGAGCAAAGAUAGUAAUAAAAGCAAAAAAGCUGAGCCCAUCCACACACAGCCCCGGCAGAGCCCAAAGCCAAAGGGGGGCUCGCAGAUCUCUUCUGUGCUCAAGGAGGGAAGAAGCAUGUCCCGUCUGUCUCUAACACGCUCCCCGGUUUCUCCUCUGGCUGCUCAAGGAAUUCCUCUCCCAGCUCAACUCACCAAGUCCAACGCUCCCGUGCACAUCGAUGUAGGAGGGCACAUGUACACCAGCAGCCUGGCCACCCUGACCAAGUACCCAGACUCCAGAAUAAGUCGUCUGUUUAAUGGCACAGAGCCUAUUGUCUUGGACAGUUUAAAACAACAUUAUUUCAUUGAUCGAGAUGGGGAAAUUUUCAGAUAUAUAUUAAGCUUCCUAAGGACAUCUAAGCUACUGCUCCCAGAUGACUUUAAGGACUUUAAUCUUUUAUAUGAAGAAGCAAAGUAUUACCAGCUGCAGCCAAUGAUUAAGGAACUGGAGCGAUGGAAACAAGAGAAAGAACAAAGGAAACAUUUCCAGCCUUGUGACUGCUUGGUUGUAAGAGUGACUCCAGAUCUGGGGGAAAGAAUUGCAUUGAGUGGAGAGAAGGCUUUGAUAGAAGAGAUCUUCCCAGAGACUGGGGAUGUCAUGUGCAACUCUGUGAACGCAGGCUGGAACCAGGACCCCACCCACGUUAUCAGGUUUCCCCUGAAUGGAUACUGCAGGUUGAACUCCGUGCAGGUGCUGGAAAGAUUGUUUCAGAAGGGAUUUACCGUGGCAGCUUCCUGUGGUGGCGGGGUGGAUUCCUCCCAGUUCAGCGAGUACGUGCUGUGCCGCGAAGACAGACGAGCACAACCCACCCCAACAAUCAGAAUAAAACAGGAGCCCCUGGACUAGACCCUCCCCUGCCCCCCUUUGUAACCAUAGAAGUGUUUAAUAGUCCCUUAUGUGAAACACUAAGGAUUUGCAAAACAGUAUUAGCAAACAGAUUUUGACUUUAUGUUGCCGAUUAGUGGUAUUCUGAAACUACCUGUCACGUAGCCAGCCUUGGAAUGCAAAACCCGUUGUUCACGGUGGAGUUCCUGAGCACACUCAGCACGGCAGGGCUGGGAUGUUCUCUGGGCUGAGCAGCAGUGGUGUGGAGCAGGCAGAGCUGCAGAAGCCUGGCCCUGCACUGGAGUUCUGCCAUGGGAGCAGUGGAACGGAGCAGCAGAGCCCAGGGACGCCCCAGAGCUGCGCUGCGGGGACGGGGUGUCUGCCAUGGGAGGAAGAACCCCAAAAACUGCACUGAGAACCUUCCCUGAGUGCCCCUCCUCCAUAUCAGCUGUGCUUUACACCCCAGCAUCACGGCCACCUGGUGAUUGUACUCGCCCACAUGAGCAAAUGGCUUAUUUUUAUACUCCAUUUCCAGCUGAGGUCUCUCUCUGUGAACAGGAUCCAGAACCAGGAGAGGACUGAUCCAUAGUCACUGGUGCUCAGUACUAAACCCCCCCAGAAACCAAACCAAACAAGUGACAAGAAAUUAGACAGGCCCACUUAUGGCAAUAUCUGCAACAGUAGGGAUCUGGAAGCACAAAAUGAAAUGCCAUCCACCAUCACACGAGGGUCACACACCCCGCGUGCAGCUGGAGCUCUUUUAAAGCCAAUCUUGUUUUGACACAGCAGCUUUUAAGUUUUGCAUCAUCAAAGAAGUGUGGUUCUACCAAGCAAGCCACCCCUUGUUAAUCAUUUACUGACCAUGUUAGAAGCCCACAUUUAGCAGGAAAAUUUAAGAUUUUUGGACGAGCCCGCUCUUUAUGGAUUUGGAAUUCUUGCAAAGAGUUGUUAAAACCCUGUAUUGCCAUUGCCAGAUGAAGCAGACCGCCUUCAGUUUAAAUUGUUUGGUUUUUUUUAAAUUUUAAAUUAUUCUUAAAAUUCUGUAGCUGCCCUCUAUCUGUGUAAUUUUGUAAUGAAGUCAGGGGUCUGUCUGCAGGAGGGUCCUGCUUCUGCCAGGUCUUGGCACUGACUCACAGGGCUUUCUAACUCAGGAGACAGCACCGUGCUUGCAGGUGCAAGGUUAUAAAUAGCAUUCUGCUAAAUCCUGUUUAUUGGUGUUUAGCAUGAUUGGGUCCUCAAUCACUAAUUCAUGUGUUAAUCACAAUUUAGUUUCUCCCACAUUAAUUUAUGGAAUACUGUUGUAGAUGCUGAAUUUUAAUUAAACUCUUUUUAAAUGCAUAAAUAUGGCCGUAUGGAACAAAGGACAGAGUAUUAAGUGGUCAGCAGUUCUUAAUGCAAAUUGAUUGCAAUCAGGCAAAAUUUAAAAGUCACGUUUAAGACCAGUAUUUUCAAAAGCAGUGAGCUGUACUGACUGUCCAAGGUAAAAUCUAAGGCAGGGGUCUUAUUUUUGGAAAAGGGCUGGAUACCUGUCCAUGGAAAAUUAGACCUCUGCAGGUUUUCUCACCUUGGUCACCCAACUCAGAAAUCUCUAAUGGAAAUCCUGGCCACUUGGCCUGCUACCUUAGCAGAACAGUUGAGCAAAUCUGUCUACUUUAAGAGUUGUAAAGUUAUUUUAUUUUGUGGUUUUAUACUUGUACGACAUUCUAAAGUUGCUAGGCAUUGCCAUAUUUAAAUAUGUGGCACAACAUUCACCUUUGUAUGUAAGAUAUCUGUAGAAUUGUAUAUUAUACAUUUAAUAUUGUAAAGAACUUAAUGUAUAAUUGUCAUGUAUUUGUGUAUGCACAUUUCUUAUACAGUACUUCAUGCCAUAAACAUUUCUGUAAAGUAAAUGAACAAAAACAAGCACGUAGGGUGGAACACUCACUGUAUCUCCCAUGUUGUUUGAAAGAGGUGAGAAUUUUUAAUUGUGUCUUUUCCAGCCCUUCGCUCCAUUCAGCUUGAUGUAGCCAUGUCUUACAAAAAGAUAGAACUGUUUUAUUUAUUACUUUCAUACCUUUAAGUCCAAAGCAUCCUUCAGGUCCAUUCAGGUUCUUGUUUUUUAUCCUGUAUCCUCUAUCCUGUAUCCACUCCUGCCCUGCCCUCCGGCACGGGGCGAGCUGAGCUCUUGUGGCAGCUUGUACACCCCAUGCAGUUCUUACCUCUCAGCCAGGGAAUAAAGGUGAUUGAUACUCCAUCCCAGGGGCUGCUCCAGGGAAUAAAGAUGAUUGAUACUCCAUCCCAGGGGCUGCUCCAGGGAAUAAAG